AUGACGCAGCCAAACAACGUCCACAUGACUUUCGAUACGUCCCUUGUCGACCUCAACCCCAAUGCAUCCUUCUCGACCACCGAAUCGGACCCGUCAGAUUUUGGUACUGCGAACUUCACUGCCAAGACUCCUACGAUUCAGCAGCCAUCUCUUUUUGAAGAUCAGAGCCAGGAAACACCAAAGCAGUCACAGACUCUCUCGCCCAAUCUCCCCUCACCAGCAUCCAAGUCCUCAACACCAGUCCAGCACAUCGGAACACAACAAGCAUACGACCAAUGGGCAACAGUAUAUGAUUCCGAUGGUAACAUGCUUCAAGCCAUCGACGACCUCGAGCUCGCGAUCCUCCUCCCGCAAUUCCUGGCGCAAGUCCAAGACAGCGUCACCACACCCACCAUCUCUCUACUAGAUCUAGGCUGCGGAACAGGACGCAACACGCAGAAACUGCUCGACUUCGCCCUCGCACCCAACCGACGAAGUACCGUUGUCGGCCUCGACUUCUCAAAGGGCAUGCUAGAUCUCGCCGCUGAAAAACUCUGCACGUAUAACGACGGUCGACUCAGACUCGAGCAGUGCGAUUGCUUCCCCACAGCCACCAACACGUCUGCGCCCCCGUUUCCAUCGGUUGUUGGCCUUACGCCCGUCAACGCAGUCCUCAGCACCCUCGUCCUCGAACACGUUCCGCUACCAUCCUUCUUCUCCACGUUGUCUACACUACUUCUGCCUGGUGGGCUUGCACUAGUGACAAACAUGCACGCUGAAAUGGGCGCCAAGUCGCAGGCGGGGUUUGUGAAUAAGGACGGUGUUAAGGUUAGGGGGGAGAGCUUCGCGCAUACGGUAAGGGAUACGGUUGAUGAAGCGACAAGGGCGGAAUUUGAGGUCUUGGGGGUGAAGGAGAGGGAGGUGGGGAGAGAGGAUGUGGAGGGUGGGAUGGUGGGGGAGAGGGGGUGGAAGUGGGUUGGUGUUAGGGUUUGGUACGGGGUUGUGCUUAGGAAGAUUGUGUGA